AGCCGGACCAGUAGUGCCUGAUGCCCUGUCCUCUUCUGCCCUGGGCAGAUGGCUCCAUAAUGGCAGUGGGUGAGGCCCUGAUGCACAUCAGAGUCACCCUUCUGCUGCUCUGGCUUGGGGUGUCUCUGUCCAUUUCUGGCCACUCUUGGGCCAAGCCUUCCCAGCACUUCUACCAAGAAUUGGUGAUCCCCUUGAAGGCGCCUGGCAGGGACAGAAAUGCAAAGGCUCCAGGCUGGCUCUCCUACAGCAUGCGGUUUGGGGGCCAAAGACAUAUUGUCCACAUGAGGGUCAAGAAGUUCUUGGUUUCCAGACACCUCCCAGUGUUCACCUACACAGACCAGCGUGCCCUCCGCCAGGAUCAGCCUUAUGUUUCUGAUGACUGCUACUAUCAUGGCUAUGUGGAAGGGGUUCCUGAGUCCCUGGUUGCUCUCAGUACCUGUUCUGGAGGUUUUCGGGGAAUACUACAGAUAAAUGAUCUUGCUUAUGAAAUUGAGCCAGUUAGGUUUUCUGCUACAUUUGAACACCUGGUGUAUAAGAUAGACAGUGAUGAUACACAAUUCCCACCUAUGAGAUGUGGGUUAACAGAAGACGAAAUAGCACGCCAACUGGAGUCACAAAAGUUGCAUAAUUUCACUCUGAUGCAAAGUUCUUACUUGGGCUGGUGGACCCACUUGCGGUUUCUUGAGUUCGUAGUGGUCGUGGACAAUCUUCGAUUCGUUCACUCACAAAGUAAUGAGUCAGUGGUACAGCGUGAAAUAGUCGAUGCUGUCAAUAUAAUAGAUACCUUGUAUGACACUCUUGACAUUGAUGUAACUUUAACUGGGAUUGAAAUCUGGACUGAAGGAAACCUAAUUGCCAUCGAUGACAUAGAUACGAUGCUUGAGGAUUUUGCUCUUUGGAAGUUUUAUGGCCUUGAUGACCGACUGCCACAUGAUGCUGCCCAUCUUCUCAUAAAAAAAUCAUUUGGUGUAAAACUUGGAGUUGCCUACGUUGGCGGAAUAUGUCAGCGUCCUUUUAAUAGUGGAGUUGAUGUUUUUGAAGAUGAGAGUCUGUAUAGUUUUGCACUGGUUGUGACCCAUGAACUUGGCCAUAAUUUAGGUAUGCAGCAUGAUGAUCAGUGGUGUGUGUGUGGACUUCAGGGGUGCAUAAUGUUUCCUACCAGACAGGUGACAAACAAAUUCAGCAACUGCAGUUAUGCCCAGUAUUUGGACAAUGUUAUCAGUAAUGGAUUAUGUCUUUACUCUCCUCCAUAUCCAGGGAAUAUCUUUAGGCUGCAGUAUUGUGGGAACCUUGUGGUCGAAGAAGGAGAGGAGUGUGACUGUGGAACCACAGAGCAGUGCACAAAUGAUCCCUGCUGUCUAUUGAACUGCACUCUGAAGCCUGGGGCCACUUGUGCUUUUGGGCUUUGUUGCAAAGACUGCAAGUUCAUGCCAUCAGGGGAACUCUGUAGACGUCAGGUCAGUGAAUGUGACCUUCCAGAGUGGUGCAGUGGGACAUCUCAUCAGUGCCCAGAAGAUGUAUAUAGGCAGGAUGGGAUUCCCUGUAGUGAUGACAGUGCCUACUGCUAUCAGAAGAGAUGUAAUAACCGUGAUGAACAGUGCAAGAAGAUUUUUGGCAAAGAUGCAAAGAGUGCAUCUCAGAGUUGCUACAAAGAAGUCAACACCCAAGGAAAUCGAUUUGGUCACUGUGGUAUCAAAAACACAGUAUAUGUAAAAUGUAAGGUCCCUGAUAUCCUAUGUGGGAGAGUUCAGUGUGAAAAUGUGGGAGUAAUUCCUAAUCUGGUAGAACAUUCCACAGUGCAUCAGUUUCACUUGAAUAACACCACUUGCUGGGGCACCGAUUAUCAUUUAGGGAUGUCCAUACCUGAUAUCGGUCGAGUGAAAGAUGGCACAGUGUGUGGUCCAGAAAAGAUAUGCAUCCACAACAAGUGUGUCAGUAUGGUUCGUACGUCACAAGCCUGUCAGCCUGAGACCUGCCACAUGAAGGGGAUCUGCGAUAAUAAACAGCAGUGCCACUGCAACCCUGGAUGGGCACCUCCCGACUGCAAGCACCAAAGCAAUGCAAGUAGUAAUGACAGCAACCUGCCUUCUAAUCCCCAAGCAGAAGAAGCAGAAGGGAAGAGGGGGAGCCAGUCAUUAUUGUGGCUUAUUUCUUUGAUUUCUUUAUUUUUAUCUUGCUUCUUUGUGCUUUAUAAGAAACUUAAAAAGGAAAAGGAGGAGGAGAAGAUGGAAGAAAAAGAAAUGGAAGAAGAAGAGAUGGAGGAGGAAGAAGAUGACUAAGGCUCCUGCUUCAUUAAAAAAAAAAGUCUGUAGUUUUUCUUUUAAUAGAGAAGCAUUAGGGCAAGUCUGGCUGUUUAACAAGAAAAAAUUUAAGGAUUCCUCAUGUCAGGAUCAUAAGCAUUAAUAUUACACUGAAGGAUUCCUAGCAUGUUCUUACUUACUCUUCAGUGUUUUAAGCUAUAUUAAAAGUUCAUUUUUUUGCCUGGAAAUCAUCUCUUUGUGUUUCCUGAGCAAAGUCACAUUUUUAAGCUAACAUCUAUUCGUUGUAAACCUCCUCCCACCUUUGUACUCUUAAAAUGUAAUACCCAGGGUAUGCUGCUACAUACCUCACUUCUGUUUUGCUAGCUCUU